GUUUUAAGUUUUGACGUCUCGGGUCUUGUAAUUUUUUUAGUUCUUUGUUUUUUUUUAGGUAUUUUGUGUUAUAAUAAAGGAAAAUUAUUUUAUGAUUGAAAAUAGACUUAUAUCGAAUAAUGCUGUUUAUUUUAAUUUUUGCACAUCCAAGUGAUGAUUGCUGUUUACAAAGAUUUUUGUUACCAAUUAGUGCAAAUCAGAAAAUAUGUGCUUGAUGACGAAAAUGAAUCAUAGUUCUAAUUGGCUUUAAAUAACAAUUACGUGGUGCUGUUAUUUAUUUAUUUUUAUACAAAUGAAAUGCAACAUCCGAGAACUCGCUCUAUUGAGCGACCAACCGUGCUCAAUGGAAGGAAGGUUGAAUUACAAAAAGAUAACAAACGGUGGAUACCGUAACCAAGCAGAGAAUGCUACAGUUCAUAAUUGAGGCUAAAAAUCUAAGAGACACCUUCUGUUAUUUAUACGACGUGACUGUAUGUGGCGAAAAUAGAGACGAACACGAUAAAAACUUGCAGCAAUUUAUGAAUGCUGUGAGGAAAUACAAACUUACGUUAAAUGAGAAGAAAUGGACUUUUGGCUCAAAAAUUAUAAGUCUAUUAGGAUAUUCCAUUGAGAACAACGUUAUCAAGCCAGACAAAGAACGAUUAAAACCACUAUUGGAUCUCCCUACUCCAACAGAUGCAGUCUCAUUAAGACAUACUUUGGGUAUGUUAGCUCACUAUUCGAAGUGGAUUUACAACUUUUCAUACCUUAUUAAGCCUUUGAUUGACAACACACGAUUCCCACUUAGCCAAGAAGCCAUAAAAUGUUUUAAAAUUGGAAAUAACCAAAGCUUCCCUGACAGCUAUUGACAAUGACGAAACUUUUACAGUAGAAACCGAUGCAUCCGAGCAGUCAAUAGCUACAACCCUUUCUCAAAAUGGUCGCCCUGUAGCUUUCCUUUCAAGAACUUGGUCCAACACAGAAUGUGGCCAGUCAUCUAGAAUCAGUCAUCAGUCAUCUAAAAAGAAGCAAGCGCAAUUGUGUAAGCACUUCGUAAAUGGCGCCACUAUCUUAUUGGAAGAAAUUUUAUUUUGAUAACCGAUCAGCAGUCUGUUGCUUUUAUGUUCAAUCAAAAACAUUCAAGCAAAAUAAAAAAUGAAAAAAUUGAACGGUGGCGCUUAGAACUGUCUUGCUACAAAGACGACAUAAUUUAUCGUCCAGGUCAUCAAAAUACUGUAGCUGAUGCAUUAUCAAGAGUAUGCGCUCUCAUGAAUCCAAAUAAGCUGUAUGAAUUACAUGACCAGCUGUGUCAUCCCGGUGUUACCAGAAUGGUACACUGGAUGAGAUCAAAGAAUCUUCCAUAUUCUGUUGAAGAAAUAAUAUUAAUGACAGCAUCUUGUAAAGUAUGUGCUGAGAUAAAACCACGGUUCUGUCAAUCAAAAGGCCAGUUGAUAAAAGCUAUUCCUCCAUUCGAGAGAAUAAAUAUAGAUUUUAAAGGCCCACUACCAUUGAAUACUCUAAACCAAUACCUACUUACAAUUAUAGACGAGUACUCGAGGUUUCCGUUUGCGUAUCCCUGCAGUGAUUUAUUGGUGGCUACAGUGAUACGAUGUUUGAAAGAUCUUUUUCACACUUUCGGAUUUCCAUUAUACGUACAUUCCGAUUGAGGUACGACUUUUAUCAGAAGAGCUCAAAAAUUUUUUAACGCCACUUGGAAUAGCUACAAGCACACCUUAACACCUUAAGCGAACCACACCUUACAUUCCUCAAGGAAAUGACCAAGUUGAACUACUAUCGUUCAAAGAAUAUGGACAUUUCAAAGUGGGAAAGAGUAUUAUCCAAGGCGUUACACUCACUUCGGUUGCUUUUAUGUACGACUAUAAACGUCACUCCCCAUGAAAGAAUGUUCAAUCAUCCACGUCGUUCGCCUAAUGGAAAAUCUUUACCUACGUGGCUUAUAAACUCUGGACCUGUACUCAUAAAGAAAAAUAUAAGAACAUCCAAAUAUGAUCCACUUGUUGAAGAAGCAGAAGUUCUUCACGCAAAUCGAACUUACUCGCAAGUUUGUCUCUCUCGAGAAUGCACUGUAUCCAAUAGACAAUUGGCGUCCCUACCUAUGAUUCAGAUUAGUGAAGAGAAUAAUUAAAACGGCCAAGAUAAUGGAAAUAAUAUUCGCCCUGAUAUGAAUACAAACAAUGAGCCAGUAGAAGCUGUACAACCUGAACAAACCGAAAAUGUUCAAAAUAACAGUACAGAGAAUGAUACAGAAAAGAGCGGACUUCGUCGUUCCACUCGUGACAGACGGCCUCCCUCAUAUCUGCGCGAUUAUGUUGGAACUUCAAGGACGGGUGAUUGUAGUAUACUUACCUCUUUGUUAUAAUAUACAACCUUAUUCAUAAUUGUUAUAAACGAAGAUAUCUGUCAUCCUAAAAUAUUAUUACUUGUCAAUGUAUUUUGUCUUUAUACUGUACGUAAUCUUUUAUGUUGAAUAAAACCAAAUAUCCAUUGGUUUUCACUUUCUUUAUCACUGUAAUAUUUUUCAUAAAACUAAUAUAUGAUAGAAAAUUAAAAUUUAAAUAAAAUAAUCACCAAAGUUAC